AUGCCUCAAAUACUUCUCAACCUUUCUAAUUUAUCAAAUGUUACAAAUAUCAAUAAGUCAACUGAUAAAGUUAGAGGACAAAAUAUGCCAUAGAAGAUCACGAAAGCAAAUUUUGAGUUGACAAAUCUUAAGCAAAAGAUUACUUAAAGAUCGAAAAAUGCUUAGAUCAAUAACUCGAGAAACAAAGCAUAAAUGGCAAUGAUCAAACCUUACACAGCUAUGACUAAUCCCUAUUAGUCUUAGAAGCAAUCAUAUUCAAGCAUAAUAAGUUCUCGUAGACUUUAAGAAGUAUAGAUGAACCCAGAGAGCAUGGAAAGAUCUUUGGAUAAGUACUGUAGACUUAAUUACCUCAAUGCAGUCAAUAGGAAGCAUGAUUUUAGAACAAUGAUAUCUGAACGAAAUACUAAUCAGAAUUCUGAUCUUACUUCAAACCAAAGUGCUCUAAAUUCAAUGCAGCAGACCUCCCCAUCAUCAUCAUAUAUUAAACGUAAACACAGUCAAUACUUUGAACAAUUUCUGAUAAACAACCCCUCAUUUGUCCAGAAAUUGAAACUAGAAAGCCUUAAGCAUGAAUUCAACGGGUGCUAUGAAGAUGAAAAGGAAGAGCAAGAGACUAGCAGGUUUCAAGACUCCUGUAAUGUUUCUUCAGAUGAAGGCGAGAAAUCCAACAUUAAAAGAACUGAUGAUGAUCUUGUUUAUUCGAAAAGAAUGAGUUACCCAGAGAAUCUAUCUGAGAGUUCUGUAAUUUACAUGCAUGCUGAAGAUGAUUCUCCCUACAGUCCUUAUGACACAACAGUAAGAUAUAGCAAAAAAUUCAGACCCUCUUAAGCUGAAAAAUAAAGGCCAAAUACUUGCUGUGGUUACAGAUGCUAAGAUCAAUAUGAUGACUAUGAUGUAGACUUCAGAGACAUUCUAAUAGAACAGAAAGUAAACUUAAUCACCAACUAGUUUAGCUUUAGUCUCUAGGACGAUAGUCAAGGAGAUCAUCGAGAUUCAAGCCAGUAUAUUAAGUAAUAGAUUCAUUAGUAGAAAUCAAAGCCUAUGUUGCUCUAAAGCCAAGGGCUGGGGUAGAUGCCUUAAAGUUCUUUUAUCAUUAUGGAGUCACCUGCCAUCAGAAACAACAAUCAUCAGAGCUUAUUAAAACGAUUUAUGAAAUGCUUUUGA